AUGUGCCUAGAGAUUUUGUCACUUGCUUUCGAUCAGGUUUCCUCCCCAAGGAAUCCCCAGUAUGCUGUAUUUGGUGUGAUGUUGGCUAUUGCUGCUGUACUGACUUGCAUCUGGGAGCUCAUUUACAAGGGUAGAAAGGAAAGAGUUGAAUUGAGGAGGUGGAGAACGUUGUGGUGGUUUUAUUAUCCAAGACCCCAGCGAAGCCUAUUUGGUGAUGUUCUUGAUAUUUUUGGAUUACUUGGUGCCAUCUCUCAGUGUGUUUGCUCGACAGUUCAGUACGUUUACUUCAUUCGGCAUCAUCAAAAUCCUCUCAAAGCCUCCCUUUUGCCUGCCACAUUCCUUAUAUGUUUGGGUGCUUAA